UUGAACUCAAUGCAAGCUUUCGUUGUUUGGGGUGAUUGUGUUAGAGAUUAUACUUAGGUUCUGUUAAAAUCAAUUUAGAGUUUGUUAUUAUGUAACUAUUUAGCUAAGUGAACAUCUGUGUUUGGUUACAGCUGUUAAAUUUUGUUAUGGUGUAUUAGUCAAACUCUAUAAAUACAAAAAUCCAUUACUUAAUUGGAGCUUUUAUCAAACACUUUCUAUUCUUUACAUGGUAUUAGCCAAAACAUCGAUCCUCUUCUUCAACUUUCCUUUGUUUCUUUUACUUUCUUGAUUCUUCAAUGGCUUCCGACACUUCUCACUGCAAUGCUCCAGUGGUAGAAUCUCCUGCUCCUCCAAUGCAAACUCCUUCGUCUGGCUUCUCUGCCCUCCCUGCUCAACAACAACAAUUCAUAGCACUCUCUCAAGCUCUCAAUCACACAUUGCUAGUUAAGCUCGAUCGUUCGAAUUUCCUUCUGUAGUGUGCGCAAAUGGAAAAUGUUAUUCUUGCAAAUGCCAUUGAUGAUUUCUUGGUUGGCACCAAUAUCUCUCCUGCUCAGUAUGUCGAUGGUUCCACUUAGAUCAACAGGGAGUUUCUCUCAUGGCGCUGCAAAGAUCGUCUUAUCCUUAGCUGGAUAUACUCGUCUCUCUCUCAAGAAAUCAUGUUCUAGAUUGUAGGACACACAACUAGUGCUAUUGCUUGGUCCGCUCUCAGCCAAAUCUACUCUUCCUCCUCCAAUGCUCGCAUCAUGCAACUUCGUCUCCAGUUGCAGACCAUCAAGAAAGGAGGUACCCCUAUGCUUGACUUCAUUUUAAAGGUUAUGAUUCUUGCAGAUCAAUUGGCUAUUGCCUCAGAGAAAAUCUCAGAUAGAGAUUUGGUAUUAUAUCUUCUUGCUGGCCUUAGUGCCGAUACAAUUCCUUUGUUGUUUCUGUCACUUCAAAAUCCAAAUGAAUUUCCUUUAAACAAGUCACCAGUCUCUUUUUGGCUCAUGAGACUCGUUUGGACCAACAAAACUCUGUUGAUGACUCUACCACAAUUGCUGCUAAUGUGGCUUUUCGCCAACAACAAGGUCGCGACACUCAAUCUUGGAAUCGUUUCAGUCAAGGUCGUGGCAAUCCACAUUCCUCCUCCAACAAUUCAAAUCGAAGAGCUCAACAUGGUCGAGGAAAUGCUCAUGGUUGUCGCAUGGUUUGUCAACUCUGUCUUCGACCUGGCCACAAUGCCUUCAAUUGUUACAGAAGGUUCUAUCCCAAUCUACCUGCACCUGCUUCAGCUGCGUCAACCUCUGCCCCACCAGUUUCUGCAAUGGUUUCAAGUUCCAGCUCAGUUGCGGAUGAAUCUUGGCUUCUUGAUAGUUGUGCCUCUCAUCACUUAACACCUCAUGAAGUAAAUCUUGACAAUCAGGUCUCCUACUCAAGCAAUGACUCUGUAACAGUUGGAUCUCACCACCAAGAGGUGUUGCUUCAGGGUUCACUUGAGCAUGGCCUUUACUCUCUCCAAGCAGUGAAAGCUCUUCAAUCUUCACAAAGAUUUUCUCCAAAGUCGGCUUUUCACUCUACCCAUUUCAGCUUUUACUUCACAUGUUUAGUUUCAGUCUAGUGUACAAAAACUUGCUGUCAUUUGGCAUGCACGUCUGAGUCAUGUACAUUCCGAUAUUUUUAUAUAUUAUAAAUGUGAAUUUAACGGAAAUUGUUGGUUUCCGUUAGAUAUAACACUUUUUUUCUUAAUUAUCUUCUAACACCGUUAGUUUUCUAAACAAAGUAAAUAAAUUAAAAAAUAAUAAAUGAGCCA